AUGAAUGCACCGACACCUCGAAUGCCGCAGUUUUUCGACGUGGUGCAACCUUACCUCAAAAACGGAGACAGGGAUUACUUGGCGCAGGUUUUACAACACUGGAGUCCCGCAAUCGACCCAAGCCACCACAUCGGUGAGGCCCUACACAAAGCCAUAUUCCGAAAUGACGAGACUGCAGUUCGGAUGAUACUUGAUGCUGGCGGGGACCCAAAGGUGCAACAGACGGGUGAUCCCGGGUUUACACCACUCUUGGCUGCUUCGCAGUAUGGCAGACUCGAGAUCGCCAGUCUGUUUUGGCGACUAGUCGGUCCCGACGGACGCUUCUACCCCAGCAAAAGACCCAAUGUCUCCUGUCUUCAGGUGGCUGCUCGAAAUGGCCACGUGGCAUUGGUAGCCUACUUCCUCGAUGUAUGGGACGGCUGGACUGACGACGAGGAGCGCCAGACGGUAUAUGAUGCUGCGUCAUCAUGGUGUUAUGAUGUUGUGGCCUUGUUGUUAGCCAAGGUUGACUACGCUCCCGAUAUCGUCCAAGGUGCUCUUGAAGCGGUGGUUAGACGGAAGUUGAUCCUGCCUGAGGAUCCUAGGAAGCCACUUCCUAGAGCCGAGGAUUACGUGUACCAACAGCGCGUAGUUCAUCGACUCAUCGAUGCUGGUGCAAACCCAGACACAACGAACGGUCGUCUGUCCAACCAGCCUCUAAUCCACACGGCCUCCCUAUCAGUCGGUUGCAUUGGCGCCAUAAGAGGGCUUUUGGAGAAGGGAGGAAAUGCCAAUGCUCAAGACGCACGCGGCCGAAGCGCCGUCCAGCGUCUGGUGAGCAGACCGCCCAUAUCGACUGACGCGGUACGGAUCCUUUUGCAGCACGGCGCAUCGAUCGAGAUGACUGGCGAAGCUGGAGAGGCACUAUUGCACAGCGUCGCACAAACCGGAACCAUUGAGCAGUUAAAUCUGUUUGUCUCGUACUCUGACGAUCCAGACACCGCCAUUCGGUCGGUAACCCUACACGGCGAAUCACUUCUGCAUUACGCCGCAGCCGGAGGGAGAGAAGACGUAGUCGACUUCCUGCUUACUCGUGGUCUGGACGUCAAUUCAGCCACCAGCAACGGCUGGACGCCAUUGCUGUGCGCUCUAUCCCCGACGAAUGCGAAGAGGGAACAGACUUUGUACCGCCUGGCAAACACCCUACUUCAGCGGGGUGCCAAUGCCCACGUCGUGACGGCCGAAGGAUGGACCCCGCUUCACGCUUUGGCAACGUGGCCUACCCCUUUCUCAGCCCAGGACCAAGAGGCGAGGAAAGCGGCUGCGCCGCUUAUCCAAGAGCUCAUCUCGCGCGGCGCGCCCGUUGAUACCGAAUCGAGCGUUAUCCAGAGUCCAUCUCUUACCCCAAACAAGCUACGGGAUGUGUGGGGGUUCCGCAUGCAGAAGUUCGUCGAGGGUCUUGCCAUACCUACACAGGAUCUGGAGGGCAUGAGCACCGAUACCACACCGCUAAUGUGGGCAAUGCGAAGCAAUGCGGUGGAUAUCUUUGAGAUAAUCAGGGCGCAUCUGGACUCAAUCAGAGGUGAUGGAGGCAACUAG